AUGUCUGGCUCACUUUCGGCUCUCCAUUAUCUCGACAACACCCACUCUCUAAAUUGCACUACCUCUGCCUACUGUCAACAGAAUACACUAUCCACAAAGUCCGGAAGUAUGUAUCAAAAACUGAAGAAGACCUUUUCGACCCGCAAACCUUCAAAGCCAAGCAACGAUUACAUUUCGUGGGACACAGAAGGUGCUGGACAGACACUGAACAACACGCCUGCAGCUGCACCGGUCAGCAAAAGAAGCACUGAAUCCCACAACAAUGGUAUUGCACCACCCUUACGUACCAAUCCAUUUACAUUUGCAUCACCUGCUACACGAAGGCCUAACAGCUCAAAUGUAAAUCCUUUUAGUUCUGAUCGCGAAGCCCCGCCAGCUUACACACCAAGUCCAACUCAGAACGAUCAUGUAGCAAUUUCAGCUUCAGCUACCGGUCCUUUGGACGAUGAUCCUUAUGACUUCCUCAGAACCUUCGACACAGUCUUUCUAAUUGACGACUCAGGGUCUAUGGCCGGUCGCUCUUGGAGGGAGACUGCCAAGGCUCUUGAGAUGAUUGCACCGAUUUGUACUCAGCGGGAUGCCGAUGGAAUCGAUAUCUACUUCCUCAAUCACCCAGAUUCUAGCCUUUACAAGAACGUCACAUCAGCGAGUACCAUCAUCGAGAUUUUUCAGACCGUGCGUCCCAGCGGUGGUACACCAACCGGUCAGCGCUUGAAUAAGAUCUUGAAGUCAUAUAUCCAGCGAUUCAUGAGAGACAAGACGAUUAAGCCAAUGAACAUUAUUGUCAUCACCGAUGGGGUGCCUUCUGACGAUGUCGAAUCCGUCAUCGUUUCAGCUGCCAUGAAACUCAGCAAAGAGGAUGCAGAUUCAUGGCAAGUCGGUAUCCAAUUCUUCCAGGUUGGCAAAGAGCCCGGUGCGCGGGAGCACCUCAAGAGUUUGGAUGACAAUAUUGCCGAGAUAGCGGGGAGCAUGGCAGGUAAUAUGCCGGUGAGAGAUAUCGUGGACACGAUUCCUUUCACUGGCGAAGGAGAUGCCGAGCUUACCGCCACGGGAAUCCUUAAGGUCGUACUGGGCUCAGUUAACAGACGCUGGGAUCAUAAUUCCCGGGACUUGCAUCGUAGCUAG